AUGUCUCCAGCAGCUGUGCCACAUAAACCGAGAGUUUUCUGUUUAUAUCCAGUGGAUGAUUCGGUUAAAGAGUAUGCCGAAAGAUUUUUCGACUUCACCUGCGAACCAGAUACCAAAGUGAAGCAAUGGAGAGAAGAAGCAGAAGCAGUGAUGGUAAGAAGUAAUAAGAUCACGCCAGAGGAUGUGAAAAUGCUAGGACCUGCCUUCAGAUUUGUAGGUAAACAUGGAGUAGGGGUAGAUGCUAUUGCUGUCAAAGAGCUGAAGAAGCGAGGGAUCAGAGUGAUGAAUACCCCCGGAGUCAACGCCAGUGCUGUCGCCGAAUUAGCUUUGACAAUGUCGCUCUGUCUUGCCAGAGAUGUCGCUCAAAUCGAUCGAAGAAUCAGAUCUGGUGAAACAGUCACUAAAGCUGAAGGAGGAUCGACCGGAUUCCAAUUGACUGGAAAAACACUCGGUCUAGUAGGCGGUGGAAAUAUCGGCUAUCAACUUGGAAAGAUGUUCUCUGGUGCAUUUGAUGCUAAAGUGGUGGUGUACGAUCCGCACCUUCAUCCCUCAAUGGUUCAGAAAUGGUCCGACCUGCUGGCUUCGUCGCAUUUCACCAGGGUAAAUACUCUGGACGAGAUGCUCGAAGUGUCAGACGUGGUGUCUAUCCAUGUUCCACUGUUAGACAGUACGAAAGAUCUGAUUGGUGAAGAUCAGCUGAAGAAGAUGAAGAGGUCUGCUUUGUUGAUCAACACUGCACGAGGAGGUAUAGUGAACGAGGGUGCUUUGCUCACAGCGUUGGAACAAGGAUGGAUCACUGGAGCUGGAAUUGAUGCUUUCUCUAUCGAGCCUCCUACUGCCAAAGAUUUUGGAAAAUUGAUGGCUCAUCCAAGGGUGUUAUCUACCCCUCAUAUCGGUGCCGCUUCUUUGGAUGUGAUCAGAAUCACGGCCCUGGCAGUCGUCGAUCAUCUUGUAGAAGCCUUUGCCGGGGACCGACUCAGAGAUGUGGUCGAUGCUUAA